UUUCUGUCCUUCCUCAUGAAUUCGCCAAGUUCUGCCAAUGACUCUUUCCUUACAAAAUUGGAAACUUUCCGCAAAAAGAAAAAGUCCAAAAAGGAGGUGGAGGAGCUGGCUAGAGAGGGACGCAAGGCAAUGGAGUCAGCCCUCUGUUCCCUUGCCGUUGAGGAUCCAGAAAACUAUAUGCUGGAGGAAGGACAGGAGCGUUCCAUCAUUGAAAAGACCUCACUGGAAUCAGCCCCCGUCAAGGAACUAAUAGGCGCUCUAAUUUCUUGGAUCAACGAUGAACUGGUUGAUCACAGGAUUCUUGUCAGAAAUGUGGCAGACGACUUUUAUGAUGGACAGAUUCUGCAGAACCUAGCUGAAAAGCUGGCUGGCAUCCGGUUAGACUAUCCUGAAGUCACACAGUCAGAAUUUGGCCAGAUGCAAAAGCUCAAGGAUGUGGUAGUGACAAUCAACCAGUUACUGGGCGUCUCAGAGGAGUGGGCCUCUGAACGGUGGACGGCUGAACUCAUCCACAAUAAGGACGUAAUUGCCAUCGUUCGUUUGCUGGUGGCCCUCGCGAGACACUUUAAAGCAGGCAUUCGGCUGGCUGAUGGAGUUCACCUCGUUGUUAUCAUAGUGAGAAAGAUGAAUGGGAAAUUGGAGUACCGCUACCAGCAGGAAUAUUUGACUGAUCCGUCGCCGUCAACCGUUGUAAACAUUUUUCACUGGUUGAUGAACGCUCACCGAUCGCCAACGGAACUCGCUCGUCCCGCCCUGCCUUGGGUCUCUCUCGUCUUUGUCGGCAAUACUAUCUGCCUAAACUCUUUUUCAUUUGACCCAGUUGUGGAACACUCGGCUGCCUCGGUGGGCUUCGAACUCCAAAAAGCAAGGGAAGGCUGUCGUGGGUUCGAAUUCCACUGA